AUGCUAAGGAGAGCUUACUAAGGAGCUAGCGAGAGAAGAGAGAGAAAAAAGGAAAACUCAUUGUCGCUUUUUUUCAUUGUUAUUUUUUUCCAAAAUAAUUUCUAUUAAAAUAAUACACUACUAUUUUUUAUAUUUUUAUAACUUGGAUGGUACCACUUCUUUUAAUCUAUAUCUCAUCAGAAAAUCAUAUAUGGUUUAUAUUUGAUAAGAGUACUAUCAUUCCCGUAGGCUAAUAAACAUAAAAUUCUGUUUGUAUACAUGUCGAAUUUGAGGAUGAAAUGAGAACAACUUGUGCUAUAAAUUGCUAAUAGUGAUUGAGAAUAUUGCAAGCAGCUGUAUUUGUAUAUGUAAAAAAGAUUAUGGUUUUAUGUCUAAAAAAAAAUUUGAAAGGUUAAUUGAUGAAAAUUUGUUUGAAAAUUAUUUAAUAGUUUAUGUAGAAAUCCUAUCUCCUUCUAGAAUUUCCGUAACAGGUUAUAACUUUCACCAGCACCACCAAUGACAUAUAGACAUAUGUAAGACACCUACCACCAUCAACACUUUGAUGAAAUGAAAGCACAACACUAAAGCAACGCUCUUUGGUUGGCAUUGAUGUUAUCCCCUUGCUUACUUUUUACCUAUCCUUUUUGAUUAUUUUUUACCAUUUUUUGUUCUGAGCACUUUAUAAACUUUUGGUCCCCAAAUUUAUUACUUGAUCAGGAUUUAAAAUUAAUUUUUACUUUGUUGUUUUUCUGUCAUCGAUUAUAUAUACAUAUAAUCAAAUGGAAGUGUCUCAUAACUCACCCACCAUCAUUAAUUCAUUGUCUUCACGUCCGCCUGCCGAAGAACUGAAGCCUCUCAACUAUCUUAAUUAAUCCGUUUUCUCGUUGUGAAGCUGAGUCUAAAGCCUAAAUGGAUCUCGAACAAAGUUUAGGUGGAGCAAGUGAGCUGUUUGAAGCUCAGGCUCAUAUAUACAGACACAUUCUUAACUAUAUAAAUUCUAUGGUACUUGGUUGUGCUCUUGAAUUAGGCAUACCUAAUAUCAUUCAUGGUCAUCAAAAACCAAUCACGCUUCAGGAAUUGGUCUCGAAGCUCAAUAUCUCCGUUGAGAAAACCCUUCAUUUGAAACGGCUAAUGCGCCUGUUAAUACACUCAAACUUCUUUUCAGUCGCCAAGUUUCAUGAUGAAGAAGGUGAAGAUGAAAAAGAAGGGUAUGUUCUCACAGUUUCUUCAAAGAUGCUACUCAAGAAUAAUAGUUCGCCAAACAUACCAAACUUAUUACCAUUUGUCAGUUUGAUGGUUGAUCAUGUAUAUGUUAGUACUUUCCAAUCCCUAGGAAGGUGGUUUAAUAGAAAUGAAUUAAAUGCAUUUGAGACUGCUCAUGGAACUCAUAUAUGGGAAUUUGCUGACAAGAACCCAAGAUUCAACCAACUUUUUAAUGAUGCAAUGGCAAGUAACUCUGAAAUGAUGAAGUUGGUGGUAAAAGAGAAUAAAGAAAUCUUUGAAGGUGUGGAUUCAUUAGUUGAUGUUGGUGGUGGAAAUGGAGCGAAUGCUAAGAUUCUCCUUGAAGCAUUUCCUCACUUGAAAUGUAUUGUUUUUGAGCUCCCACAUGUUAUUGCAGACAUGGUGGAUACUAAAAAUCUCAAAUAUGUCGGAGGUGAUAUGUUUCACUCCAUCCCAUCUGCCGAUGCGAUCAUUUUGAAAAAUAUUUUACAUGACUGGAGUGAUGAAGACGUGUUGAAGAUACUGGAAAGAUGCAAAGAAGCCAUUGCAGUUGCUCCAAAAGACGGGAAAAAAGGGAAGGUAAUUAUCUUAGACAUGGUGAUAGGUGAUUCACACGACCAUGAACGCCAUGAGAUAACAGAAGCCAAGCUAUUCUUUGACCUCAAGAUGAUGGCUUUGGCUACGGGAAAAGAGAGGACCAAAGAAGAGUGGGAGAAACUCUUCCUCCAAGUGAAUCUUGAUCAAUACAAGAUAACUCACAUCUCUGGCUUGAUGUCUGUCAUUGAGUUGUUCCCAUAGAAUUUUCUUGUACGGUGGGUUAUGUGGCUAAAGUUUUCAAAGUUUAGUUUACUUGCAAAAGUCCUCGGUUGUCAAAAAUACGUGAUGAAGUUCUUGAACAUUGUCCAUGUUUUGUUACAAUGGAAAUUUUCUGCUUAAUUA